GGAGCGCGCUCCGCCACCGUGCACCGGAAGUGAGACGUUGUCGUUUAGUUUAGCUCGAGUGCACUCUGACCGCUGGAGCGCGCUCGAGCGCGUUAACUUAACGCGCCCAGUGCGUUGCCGCGUUGCAUUGCAGGCUCCGCAGGCUAUGGAUCUGACCACGGUGUAGUACCUCUUCUCGAAUCUGGUGAAAAGUUCGAAGGUUCGUCGACCGGUUCGACCCAAUCGGACCCCGAAAGUUCGACCUAAAAAUCCGGUUCGAUAAAAGUUUGCGACACCCCUACGCCCCUACCUCUGACUCAAGUGGCGAGUGAUUCAUCAGUGGCCCAGUUGGCUCAGUCGCUCAGUCCUGAGCCGUGCUGCAGCUGUUUCUGUGGUCUACGGCACUUCCCAGUCCGUAUGACACCCCAGCUCUUCAACGGCACAGCUGAGCGGCGCUACACAAGCUCCUUUGCACAACGUUACCGAAAACAAGGUGGCUACCUCGAGGUACUCUCAUUCUGUCCAAAGCUAGUUCCUCAACAUUCUGAAGUCUGAAGACGUAGUCGCCGCAGAAAAGGCGCGUUCAGUGGCACCCGGCUCUAGAGAUGUCGGAGGCGACGAAGGAUUCUGCCUAUCCGGUGCAGUUCGUGCCCUUCUCAUCCGCCCUAGACGGAACCUUUUGGAGCGAGAUCAGCCGUCGCAAACUGGAGGUGGUCCGUCUCGAAGAAGGACCCGUGCCGGCGCAAGCAUGGUACUCCUGCGACUCGGCCGUCGGUCUACCGGCACUUGCCAACUUGGACCACACCGCCUUCGACAUGUCGUCGUCGCUCUCGACCGGCGCUAACAUCCCCGGUAGCUGCCAGCUUCGCGGGAGCAUCUGGCUCCCUAACUCCCUGGAGGCCAUGAAGAAACUCGACAAAACUGCCCUCCUCGAAGCCGCGGGUCAAAACAUAUGGGACGCCAUCGAGAGUGAGUCUGCCCUGCGCGAUCCCGGUACCCUGAACGCCUUCAUCGGAAUCGUGUACGUGGACAUCAAGAGCUACAAGUUCUGGUACUGGUUCGCGUUCCCGGCUGUCUGUCUCCCCGACGCCGUGGUCUUCGCCGGUCCGCCGACGAAGCUACCAGAUGUGAUGAAGGACGACCUUGUCAGUCAGCUGGACGCAGCGUACGGUAAGCUGAAGCCCGCUGACCGUGCCGCGUUCCUUGUGGACGCUGACUCUUCGGGGGCACUGAAGAUUCUGCCGCUGAGCAAGCUGAACGAAGUGUACGAGUCGGGUCGCCGUUUCUACGUGGGCUACACGGACCCGUCGACGUCUGAACAGCACCCCGGUUGGCCCCUGCGAAACUUGCUGGGCAUGCUGUCCCGUUGCUUUCGCGGAUCGAAGGAGCGGAAGGUGUUACCGCUGCUGGCCUAUCGACGGCAGGCCAGGGAGGGACAGCUCUGGAGCAGUCGGAGCCUCGUCUUUUCGGUCCGCUUCGGAGGAGAUGCCUUGGAGCGUCCCAGGUUUGUCGGCUGGGAACGCAAUGCGACUGGACAACUGGGACCUCGCAUGGUGAACCUGAGUGGCGGCAUGGACCCAAAAAAAGUGGCAGAGACUGCAGUAGGCCUCAACCUGCAACUGAUGCGGUGGCGACUGGCACCAACCCUCAACCUCGAAGUCAUUGCGAAUACCCGAUGCCUUCUGCUAGGUGCGGGCACCCUUGGCUGCAAUGUGGCCAGAUCGCUGAUGGGCUGGGGCGUCCGCACCAUCACUUUCGUGGACGCCGGUCGGGUCUCCUACUCUAACCCUGUUCGACAGAGUUUGUACAUCCUUAGCGACUGCGAAAAUGGAGGUCGGCACAAGGCAGACGCCGCGGCAGAUGCCCUGAAGUGCGUUUUUCCGGCGAUGGAUGCCCGUGGCGUGGUGCUGAGCAUACCGAUGCCGGGACACGGUGUGCCAUCUGGCUCGGGAGACACCAUACGGAAGCAGGUAGAGCAACUUGAACAACUUGUUGCAGAGCACGACGCAAUCUUUCUGCUCCUGGACACGAGGGAAGCCCGUUGGUUACCAACUCUUAUGGCGUGCGCAAGGGGCAAGCUGGUUAUCAAUGCGGCGCUUGGCUUCGACACUUUUCUGGUGAUGCGGCAUGGCGUGGGGGAAAGAAGUGAAGUGGACUCCGACAAACCGUCAAGAUGUGGUGAAGGACCGUCCACCUCUGGAGAUGGACAGUUUGUGCAUGGUGGCAUGCCAUCAACAUCUGGCAAGAAUCCAUCAACGUCUGGCGAGGGGCCCCCAGCGUUUGGUGAUGGUCCCUCAAGGUCAACUAAAGAACUGCCAACGUCUGGUAAUGGGCAUUCAGUGCCUAUUGGUGGACCAUCAAUGUCCAGCGGUGGAGAGCAGUUGUCCGCUGACCAGCUUGGCUGCUAUUUCUGCAACGAUGUUGUCGGACCCACCGACUCAACGAGGGACCGUACGCUCGACCAACAGUGCACGGUGACAAGGCCCGGUGUGAGCAUGAUGGCUGGAGCGCUGGCUGUGGAGCUCCUGGUCGGUCUGCUCCAGCAUCCAGAGAAGGGACGUGCGCCAGCGGGUGCAGGUAGCUGGGACGCACCUUGCGACAAUCCGCUGGGGAUGGUGCCCCACCAGAUACGGGGCUUCAUAGGGCGACACCAUUACAUGACACUUGCGUGCACCGCCUUCUCUAUGUGCACCGCUUGCUCCCCUGCGGUGGUGUCGCAGUACAAUGCGGACGGCUGGGAGUUUGUGGCGCAUGUGCUCAGAGACGCCAGCUAUCUCGAAGAACUGACUGGACUCAGCAGGCUGCAUGCUGAGACAGACUUGGAUCAAGUGUGGGCACUGAGUGACAGUGAAGGGGACUGAGUGACUCUGAGCUUUGUCCUGCCAGGGGGACUUCCUGGACUCCGUUUACUUCAAGCAGAGGCAACCGUUCCAGGGUCGUGAACAAACGAGCCUCGUUUGUGUUUGGGUGCAUGCCUCAGAGCUUUGAGUAGAAACUUCUUGCCCAAGGUUCUGAGGCUCCAUGGCUGUAUGCAUGGCAGGAAUUCUCAUCACUACCUCUCACAGAUGUGGAUCUUGUAGUUACUAGCUCAUUAUGGCUCAAGGUGGGAAGAGGUGUGCACAACAAAAGGGAUGGUAGAGGUGUUUAGGCGACUAGUUCUUGCGGCCAACGCUGCUGUGCCAUGGCCGUCAGGUCGACACCCAGUAUUGCAAGAUUGUGUGCAUUGGAGGUUAGUUGAAUGUUGUAAAGGAAACUGGCCCGACAUAGUUCUACCACACUGUUCUUCAUUGCAGGGGUACGACUAUAUUGACUUCCUUGAACUAAGCUUGUUCAUUCACCUACAUGCCGAGAGUGCAGCAAGGUCUGUGAACAUGAACUCGAGAUCUACAGCUCGAGUGCUCCCCAAUUGGAAGCAUCUUACUUUCAAAUCCCUUGAGCAUGCUGUUCCAGCCUUUACUGCACUGCGAGUUCGAGAUGAAGCAAGAAAGUAUCCCAUGAGAGCCUAUAAUGUUCAUACUUUCCAAACGAACAACGGGCAUCUGCAAUGCCAAAAAGAGGAAGUUUUUAAUAUUGAAAAUGUAUAUAGAUCUGCCGAACAUGAAGACAUUAUUUUGCCUUUAUUUAUUAUUCUUCACAUAUUGUUAUUUUUUACCUUGCUGAUCUGAUAAUCUGCAGGAACAAUCCACAGACCUAUUGGCGAGGAGAUAGAACUGUAGGGGCACUCUGACUCGUUUGUUGCCCUCCACCUCAGAGUUCACUCAACACAGGGCCCGUGGGCAUGCCUGCAGGCCUUGUGGGCAUGUCCACGUCAACUUCAAGAGAGAGGACAGUGCAGCGUAAGAAUACUAACAAUAAACAAAGUGACGUUUAUUGUUAGUGCCGGAUCUCUCCUGAAAGCGGUCGUUGGGGGAUGCGAGCUUGACCCACUUGGGCUUUUGUGCUGAGCUGGGCACUGUGCAUGCUGCAUUGUUCAUGCUGGCUAGAGUGGUAAGCCCCUUCCCCUCUGGCAACCAGAGAACACAAAAUCCAGCUGAACACUCGUGCGGCGUUCGGUUAAGUCAGCCGGGCGCCGAGUCAUUGUUAUUUGUUGUCCCCAUUCCUGUUCUAAAGUUAGCCGCUCAGGCGUCGCGGUCUGAUCUCCCCAAUACGGUGGCACAAAAGAGUCUUCCACUGUAAAAUGAGCCAGAAAAAUCGGCGUCUGCACAUAGCUGCACAUAGCAGUUUUACCGUGAGCAAUUUAAAGGCGUAGUUUCCUUCCUGUAGAAAGAGGAGACCAAAGUUGCCCACGGGUGCAUUCGCAGACGACAGAGUUAGCGACGCUAUUUACUUGUCGUCUGCUCACUGUGCCUAUCUGGACAUGAUGCUACAAAUAAAUAGCGUCGCUAACUUGGUUGUCUGUAAACUUGCCUAGUGUGGCCUUUGGAAAGUUUGUUAGUCUCAUUGUUUACAGGAAGGGAACUACGCCUUGAAAUUCUGCAUGGUAAAAACUGACCUCCUUGGUGCACGUUCAGUGGAAGUUUGAGCUUUCUUUGUGAAGGAGCCAAUAUUUCCGGCUUUUUUUCCAGCGGUAGAUCUAGAACAUCUUAUAUAGUGUUUUGGCCCAGAAAAAAAUGACAGCAAGGCAAUAAAAACUGGCCCACAAAUCAUCCUUAACCCCUUGCCUACUAACAAGUCUCCCUCAUGUUGCCCCUUACAGACCGUAAGGCCGGACCACGAGCAUGGCUCACAUUUAGGUUUCAGCGCUUGUUAGCGCUCUCUGGCAAAUGGCAAAACCACCCGUUGCUCCAUGUCCCUUGGGCAGUUUGCUCGUUUGUUUUGCUGUUUGACAGAGAGAACGCUUCAUUUAGCCAGAAAAAAUAAAAAGCAGUCACUUGCGAGCAUUUAGGCUAAAACAACAUGACUUUGGCGCGGAGGUCCACUUUAGCCGACAAAAAGAUCCAAAUCCUUUUUGAAAUGCUCAGGCACAUGCGACGACAAAUCCUUCGGCCUUUCCAAUUUUUCGGAAUCGUACAAUAGUUUGAUGGGCGGUGACAGGAGUGAUGAAAUCUAUGCGAAUCCUGCAAGCAUUCCAUCAACUUCGGUGUUCGCACAUCGGAGGGACUUGGACCAGAAGUCCUGAUUUAGAGCAAGAUACGACACCUGGAAAUCAAGGAAAUAUUUUUGUCUUAUUUUAAUUGCAGAAUGCCCGUUUAAAAUAAAAUUUUGCUGUACAUUCCUUGAAGGAAAAAGAGUAGGCGAAGGGUUAAGGAAGGCACAAAUGAAAGCCACAAGUAGAUUCACAAGAAAAGCAUCCUGCAAAUGGGAGCAAUGAAAACAAAACUUCACGUCUUGUCUCGAAACAUUUCAAGUUUGUUCCUCCACAGUCCACUAUUUCAAACAGAUGUGCGUUGUUGAGCAAGCACUUGCUGCUUCUAAGAGGAAAAGUUUUGUCCCCUUCAUCUUGAUUGCUUUUGUGUCCCAAUAGGAAUAAGCUUCAGUUCACACUUUUUUUUCAUUGCGAGUGUGUGUUGAGGAGUACUUAAAUUGUUCUUUUCUCCAAACUCCUUUAUUCUCCAGCAGAUAGAGUUUGUUCCCAACUUAAAUGCAUUCAGCAAGGCAGAAAUUUAGUGUUGUAAGCAGUGGACGAACAAGACACUGCUCCACGAGUGCUAUUGCCAAUCGUGUGUUAAUGGCCAGAUUCUGCAGUACCAGUAAUAUUUGUUCGAGCCCAUAGUACCCAUAUAAUUACUACAAUGGAUGUUGUGCAAGUAGUCCGAUAGUGGCUGGUCAUCUCCAUGGGACUAGCUGAAAGUCCAGAAUUUGUGACGAGUGCUUUGUGGCAUAGAAACAAAGUAGAGUUAAAAGUGUGCAAUAAGGUAAAGUGACUUCUGUCUAGAUUUCGGUCUACUAAAAAAAAAGAGUUUGCUAUGUAUUUAAUGAAGCUCUUGAUGUCUUGCUGCAAUCUUGUGGUACCAACUGAUAAUAAACCGAAAUCUUCCAUCA